GGCGUAGCCGCCACCGCCUCUGCCGCCGCGCCCCGGCGAGGACGUGGCCGGGACAAACAGCUGCCUUGUUUUCUCCCGGGAGCGGGCGGGGAGAUGGCGGGGGCCGCGGCGCGGAGCCGGUUCGCGGUGGUGGGCGGCGGCAUCGCGGGGGUCACCUGCGCCGAGAAGCUGGCCACGGAAUUCCCCUCAGAAGACAUUUUUUUAAUGACGGCUUCCCCAGUUAUAAAAGCUGUAACUAAUUUCAAACAGGUCUCCAAAACACUUGAGGAAUUUGAUGUAGAAGAGCAACCAAGUUCCAUAUUAGAAAAACGAUACCCCAAUAUUAAAGUUAUACAGUCUGGAGUAAAACAAUUGAAAAGUGAUGAACACAAAAUUUUCACCGAAGAUGGGAAGGAAUAUGUGUAUGAAAAACUUUGCCUGUGUGCUGGAGCAAAACCAAAAUUAAUUUUUGAAGGAAACCCAUAUGUAUUAGGAAUCCGGGAUACUGACAGUGCACAGGCUUUUCAGAAGAAUUUGGCUCAAGCUGAGAGAAUAGUCGUGGUAGGAAAUGGUGGGAUUGCCCUUGAAUUAGUGUAUGAAAUUCAAGGCUGUGAAGUCAUCUGGGCUAUCAAAGACAAAGCCAUUGGGAACACUUUUUUUGAUGCAGGAGCAGCUGAAUUUCUCAUUUCAAAGCUGACUGCUGAGGAACGAGAGACUCCGAUCGAGUGUAAAAGAACCAAGUACACAGUGGAAGGAAGCCAGGAAAAAGAAAGACCUACAGCAGCAUCUGACAAACUGGGCAGUGCCUUAGGCCCUGACUGGCACGAGGGCUUGCAUCUUAAAGGGACUAAAGAGUUUUCUCAUAAAGUACAUAUUGAAAUAUUAUGUGAAGUGAAGAACAUACACUUACAGCAAGAAUUUAUACAACUGCAGAGGACUUCUUUGACUUUUCCUAAAGAAGAGAAAAAUGUAGAACCAGAUCAGGUGCUGUGGCCUGUAUAUGUGGAAUUAACUAAUGGAAAAAUUUACGGAUGCGAUUUCAUUGUCAGUGCAACUGGAGUAGUGCCAAAUGUCAAACCAUUCCUUGAUGGCAAUAAUUUUGCUGUAGGGGAAGAUGGAGGACUCAAAGUAGAUGAACACAUGCACACGUCGGUGCCAGAUGUGUACGCAGCUGGAGACAUCUGCACGGCAGCCUGGGAGCCGAGCCCCGUGUGGCACCAGAUGAGACUGUGGACUCAAGCUCGGCAGAUGGGAUGGUAUGCAGCAAAAUGCAUGGCAGCAGAUACUUUGGGGGAAUCUAUUGAAAUGGAUUUCAGCUUUGAACUGUUUGCUCAUGUUACCAAAUUUUUCAAUUACAAGGUGGUGGUUUUGGGGAAGUACAAUGCUCAGGGCUUGGGCUCAGACCAUGAACUGAUGCUGAGAUGUACCAAGGGACAGGAGUACGUGAAGGUAGUGAUGCAGAAUGGCCGAAUGGUGGGAGCUGUGCUGAUCGGUGAAACGGACUUGGAAGAAACCUUUGAAAACUUAAUUUUAAAUCAGAUGGAUCUUUCAGCCUAUGGUGAAGAUCUCCUGAACCCAGAUGUCGAUAUAGAAGAUUAUUUUGAUUGAACAAAACCUCAUUUCCAUUUUGUAUAGUUUUGAUACAAAGUAAAAUUGUUUUCUCGGGAUUACCAGAAAUGAGGGAUAAACGAAAUUCCCUAUUAA